AUGCCUCCUACUGCAUCAUCCGCUGCCAAGAAAGGAGCAUCCCUGAAGGCGCUGACGACGAGGUUAAAGGAUGUUCAGUCCUCGUUCAACGAUAUAUGGCAGUUUGUGGAGAACUGCACGGAAGAAACUACUAUCACCGAUGCGGAAAUACGCCUGCAGAAACUCGACGAGCUGUGGGAAAGGUUUAGUGACAUCCUAGUCGAGAUAAAAUGCCACGAUGAUUUUCCUGCCGAUGGUGAUGGUUACGAGAAGGAACGAAAGGAAUUUAGUGACUAUUACUACCGGGCAAAAUCGUUUCUCGUAGAUAGGGUCAAGGAGCGACAGGAACAUUCGGUUUUGGAACAGUCCAUCCGUGUCGGAGAGACGUCGAUGCAUGGCACGUUGGAGCACGUACGCCUCCCACAGAUAAAACUGCAGUUUUUCAACGGUGACAUCGACGAGUGGCUUAGUUUUCGGGACCUUUUCACUUCACUCAUCCAUUGGAAGUCGGACUUGCCCGAAGUGGAAAAGUUCCAUUACCUCAAAGGGUGUCUGCAAAGUGAACUAAAGAGCCUUAUUGACCCUUUGCAGAUCACUAAGGCCGAUGACAAGCUGAAGCGGAAAGCGAAGCGUUUGCGGACGCGUCUGAGCACUUUACAUAGUGUUUUGCCGCGUUCGCCCCGCUUUUACUAUGACAGUAUUACGCGUUCUACAUGCACACACCAAAGAGAUAGGUCAAACGCAUUCGCUUCGCUUACCGCUACCGCAUCGCAAAUCGCGUACAACAACAGCAAGCUGCUGAGAAAGCGACAGAUGGAGUCGCUGUUCAAGUUGCCUAGCCUUUCGAAGGAGUCCGCAUCAGAGCUACAUAUUCUUCUGGAGAGUUUUGAGAGGGCUGUCCAAACUCUCGAUCAAGCUGUACAACCUGGAGAUUACAAGGAUCUUCUUCUCAUUAGCCUUCUCACCACGCGUCUGGACCCAGUGACUCGUAGGGGGUGGGAAGAGUACUCGUCAAGCAAGGAAGUGGAUACACUGAAGGAUCUCACAGACUUUCUCCAUCGUCGAGUGCAGGUGUUGGAGUCGCUACCACCAAGGUCGGUGGACAACAGGGGCACCCAGCAGUCACAAGUGCCUUCGAAACAGAAACCACCUGUUGUGAAGACUAGCUACAGUACAGCACAAUCGUCUGGGGGACGUUGCGUGGCAUGCACGGCGAACCAUCUGCUGUAUCAGUGCGGUGCAUUCCAGCGGAUGUCAGUAUCAGAUCGGGAAGCACUACUUCGGACUCACUCCCUCUGUCGUAACUGCUUUAGGCAGGGCCACCAGGCGAAGAAUUGUCAGUCCAAAUUUUCCUGUCGAAAUUGUAAGGGUCGGCAUCACACGAUGGUUUGCUUCAAACGAGAGAAGGAAAAUAAUGCCAAGGAAGCAAAAAUUGCUAAUGGUGAGAACGCAUCUACAUCCAAGGAGCCUCAGACACCUGAAUCUCUUCAAGUGGCCAACGUAGCAGCUACCGAUGUGUCAGCAUCUAACACAGUUCAACAAUUUUCAUCGCAGGUGUUACUGGCCACCGCAGUAGUCGUUAUCGAGGAUGAUGACGGCAGACAUUUCCCCGCUCGUGCACUGCUAGACUCGGGGUCGGAGAGCAAUUUUGUAACGGAGCGAUUGAGUCAAAGGUUGAAGGUUGGACGACAAAAGGUAAAAAUUUCGGUUCUCGGAAUCGGUCAGACCGCCACUAAGGUCAAGCAGCGGAUUUUAACCACGAUUCGGUCACGCGUUUCUGACUUUUCACGGGAAAUGAGCUUUCUCGUAUUACCCAAGGUGACGGUAAAUCUACCCACAGCCACAAUCAACGCAGCAGGAUGGGCAAUUCCAAAUGGUGUUAAAUUGGCCGAUCCGUCAUUCUGUGUGUCCAAGGGGGUGGACAUGGUACUCGGCAUUGAAGCCUUUUUUGACUUCUUCGUAAUUGGUCGGAAAAUAUUACUUGGCGAGCAAAUGCCAGCGUUAAACGAGUCGGUAUUCGGGUGGGUGGUUUGCGGCGGCUUAUCAAACCCCACUCAGUCACUAAAGAUUAAUUGCAAUGUUUCCACGUCGGAUAGUUUGGAAGCGCUGGUGGAACGAUUCUGGGAUUGUGAAGGAAUCGAAUCAACGGUAAAUUAUUCUCCUGAGGAGGCGCGCUGUGAGGCAUUGUUUGCACAAACAGUUCAGCGUGGAGCAGAUGGGCGGUAUACUGUUUCUCUACCAAAGGACGAAACAAUCCUUACUCGGAUGGGCGAUUCAAGAGACAUCGCAUUCCGAAGGCUCCUAGGCACAGAGCGAAGGCUGGCAAGGGACGCUGGUCUACGGGAACAGUACGUUUCAUUCAUGGAGGAAUAUCAUCGUUUGGGACACAUGCGAAGGGUCGAGGCAACGGCGAGUGCUCCAGUUAGGCGAUGCUACCUACCGCAUCACCCAGUAGUUAAGGAGGCGAGCACUACUACCAAGGUUCGAGUAGUCUUUGACGCGUCCUGUAACACAUCGUCGGGCAUCUCGUUAAACGACGUAUUGCUGGUGGGGCCAGUAAUCCAGGAGGAUCUACGGUCGAUUAUCUUGAGAUGCAGGACCAAGCAGAUAAUGCUCGUGGCCGACGUUGAAAAAAUGUUUCGGCAGAUCUUGAUCAGUCCGGAGGAGAGGCCAUUGCAAUGCAUCCUUUGGCGCUCGUCACCUACUGAGGAGGUAUCAAUGUACGAGCUAAAUACGGUUACCUAUGGUACCAAACCAGCACCGUUCCUGGCAACUCGAACGCUGCAACAACUGGCAACAGAUGAAGAGUAUCGAUUUCCGUUGGCUGCAAGGGCAGUCAUCAAGGACACGUAUAUGGAUGAUGUGAUAACAGGUUCGAAUGAUGUGAAUGAGGCGAUGCUGCUAAGGAUUCAAUUAAACGAACUGCUGGAUAGUGGAUUAUAUUUCGGCUCAGGAAGUGGGCGUCGAACUCGACGCAAGUUCCAGUUCAACAUUCCACCACCGGAUGAAACGGAUGCACUAUCAAAACGUCGGGUUUUAUCGAUAAUAGCUACACUAUUCGAUCCUUUGGGACUUAUAGGCGCCACCAUCACGACCGCCAAGCUGUUCAUGCAGCUUUUAUGGACUCUUAGAGACAACGAUGGAAAUCGUUUGGAUUGGGAUCAAUCGUUACCACCGAUGGUGGGUGAGAGUUGGCGGAAAUUUCAUCUGCAAUUGCCACUACUCAACGAUAUACGCAUCGAACGAAGUGUAAUCCUACCCGGUGCCGUAUCCUCAGAAAUACACUGCUUCUCGGAUGCCUCUGAGAAGGCAUACGGGGCUUGCCUUUAUAUUCGCAGCCAGGAUGUAGAGGAGAAGGUAGCGGUUCGACUGUUAACCUCUAAAUCAAAGGUUGCUCCAUUGAAAAGCCAGACAAUUCCGAGGUUGGAGUUGUGUGGAGCGCUUCUCGCAGCCCAGUUGUUCGAAAAGGUUCAGAAAUCCAUCGGAAUUAGAAUGCCUGCUUACUUCUGGACUGAUUCUACCUGCGUAUUGCGUUGGAUUAACGCGGUUCCGACGACGUGGAGCACGUUUAUUGCCAACAGGGUGGCAAAGAUCCAGAACUUGACAGGGGUUUCUCCACAGGACAUUCUCAGUAACUCCUUCUGGUGGCAGGGCCCUACCUGGUUGGCAGAAUUUGGAGAGCGGUGGCCUCAGUCUCCUGGCGAUUGUAACAGCGAGGAAGGAAACGAAGAAAGGCGUCGCGCUGUUGUCGCAACAACAUGUUCAUCGGUAAAGGAAUUCAACGAUUGGUACAUCUGCAAGUUCUCAUCAUAUUCGGAUCUGGUUCGACGUACAGCUAUUUGGUUGCGCCUCAUUAAACUGCUUCGCACUCCAAAGGAAAAUCAGCCACCUGGCUUUAUUACUACCAUCGAACUGCGGAAAGCAGAAGAAACCCUUGUUCGUCGUGUACAACUGGAAGGGUUUGCUAAUGAGUGGAAGGCUCUAACGAAUGGUAAGCCAGUAUCAGGUCAAUCGGCUUUACGUUGGUACAACCCUGGUGUCGCAGAAGACCGUCUUAUUAGGCUUGGUGGACGACUCAAACAUUCACAAGAAUCGGAUGAUACCAAGCACCCUAUAGCUCUUCCAGCUCGUCAUCGCUUCACUCGGAUGCUACUGCAACAUUACCACGAGCGAUUGCUUCAUGCUGGACCACAUCUACUUUUGAGUGUAGUAAAGCUUCGUUUCUGGCCUUUGCGUGGAAGAGAUAUGGUAAGACAUGUUGUGCACAAAUGCCAAAGAUGUUUUCGUGCGAAACCAACUCCGGUACAGCAGUUCAUGGGAGAAUUGCCAUCAGCUCGCGUGACAGUUUCUCGGCCAUUUUCGAAAACAGGUGUGGACUAUUUCGGGCCAGUGUAUUUGAGACCCGUACCAAGACGAGGAGCAGUGAAGGCAUAUGUCGCCAUAUUCAUCUGUCUUUGUACCAAAGCAGUACACAUUGAGUUGGUGUCGGACUUGUCUACAGAUCGGUUUAUGCAAGCACUUAGAAGGUUCGUGGCACGAAGGGGCAAGUGCACCGACUUAUAUUCCGACAAUGGCACAAAUUUUGUCGGAGCUCGCAAUAGGAUCCAAGAUUUUUUUUCUCUUAUUGAAAACAAGCAGCAUUGCGAGCAGGUGUCCAGGUAUUGUGCGGAAGAAGGAAUGCACUGGCACUUCAGUCCCCCAAGUGGACCACAUUUCGGCGGUUUGUGGGAAGCCGCAGUCCGUUCAGCUAAGCAUCAUCUCUUAAGGGUCAUCGGUGACAGUCCAAUCACACCUGAGGAUAUGCACACCUUGCUGGUUCAAGUCGAGGGAUGCUUGAAUUCGCGACCAAUCACAGCUGUCUCCGAUGAUCCCAACGACCUGGAACCAUUAACCCCUGCUCACUUCCUGGUAGGAUCUUCGUUGCAGUCUAUCCCAGAACCGAACUAUCAAAAUGUUCCAACAAAUCGUCUGAAACAAUGGCAACUGGUGCAACGGAAGUUGCAAGAUUUCUGGACGAGAUGGCGGAGGGAAUACCUGUCCCAGCUACAAGGCAGAGUGAAACGCUGGCGUCCACCUGUACAAGUGGAGGUCGGAAGGCUGGUAAUUAUUCAGGAUGAAAAUCAGCCGCCUUUCCGGUGGAAAAUGGGAAGAAUCGAAGUUGUUCAUCCGGGAGCAGACGGCGUCGUACGAGUGGUGACCCUGAAAACAGCCACUGGGUUGCUGACACGACCGGUUGAGAAACUGUGCAUUUUACCUACUGCAGAAUGCUCCGAGAACGAUGAUUCUACUGAACGAGAACCCCAGUAA